AUGUCGAAGCGAGGACGCGGAGGUGCCUCCGGCAACAAGCUCAAGAUGACUCUCGGUCUCCCUGUCGGAGCCGUUAUGUCCUGCGCCGACAACUCAGGUGCUCGAAACCUGUACAUCAUCUCCGUCAAGGGUAUUGGUGCCCGAUUGAACCGACUCCCCGCUGCCGGUGUGGGUGAUAUGGUGAUGGCCACCGUGAAGAAGGGAAAGCCGGAGUUGAGAAAGAAAGUCAUGCCAGCUGUCGUCGUCCGACAGUCGAAGCCCUGGAGACGACCAGACGGUAUCUACCUCUACUUCGAAGACAAUGCCGGUGUUAUCGUCAACCCGAAAGGAGAAAUGAAGGGAAGCGCUAUCACCGGGCCAGUGGGCAAAGAGGCAGCGGAGUUGUGGCCGAGAAUAGCCAGCAACAGUGGCGUGGUGAUGUGA